AUGGACACGACAAUCAACACGCCUGAACCCGUCAAGCCACCGUCCAACGGCUUUUCAUCGACAACUUCCCAACAAGACAUGCGGACUCCUUUCAAAGUUGUCCCGGACAGAAACGGCUGCCGAUCAGUCAAAUCCAUUGUCGCCUGGCUAGAGUCCUCCUCCAAUAGUCAGCCAUGGUCCCCACGAACGAACACCGUUGACAUGACACGCGAUCUCUCCGCAGGCUCUGUAUCAACUUUCCAUGAGUUCCAGAGCCGCAGCCACAGUGCUUCUGGGGCAAGCGAUGUCGAAGAUUACUCGUUGACAUUUCUCAAGUACAAGAACUACUUCACAAACGCGCCCCUAGUGAGGUGCCUGGACCCCGAGAAGCCACCGUCAUCGGAACAUCAGAGACCAAACAUUUCGAUAGUCGGCUCUUCUUCUCGGCCAUCAGCACCCGACGUUUCAAGAGGGCCACAAGACGGCUCGAGGCACAGUAGGAAGGGGUCUGAAGCCAGAGAGCACGACGCCGCAAUGACGAAGUCGGGUGGCCGUGAAGUAGUUCCAUUCAUCCAGCGAGAUCCGGAAGAGGUGGGGACGUUUUAG